AUGGCUGCUACCAGCACGCAGCAGGAUCCGUCCUCUCACCGGUGCACUUAUGAUGCAUUCUUGAGCUUCAGGGGCACAGACACACGCAAGGGAUUUACUGAUCACCUCUACAGGGCUUUGGAGGUGGCAGGGAUCCACACUUUUAGAGAUGAUGACGAAAUCGAGAGAGGAGCAAAUAUUUCAGCAGAGCUUCAAAAAGCAAUACAAGAGUCUCGAGUAUCCAUCAUUGUCUUCUCCAAGGACUACGCUUCCUCGAGAUGGUGCCUGGAUGAACUAGUGACGAUCAUGGACCGUAGAGAAACUAAUGAGCACAUGGUUAUGCCGAUUUUCUAUGACGUGGAUCCAUCCCAUGUCAGGAACCAGACAGGAAUUUUUGAAGAAGCAUUUGCCAGACACCAACAGCGCUUCAACAAGGAGAUGGACAAAGUGGAGAAGUGGAAAAAAGCUCUCAGAGAUGUUGCAGAUUUGGGAGGGAUGGUUUUAGGAGAUCGGUACGAGUCGCAGUUUAUCCAAGAUAUAGUUGAAGUUAUUGGAAAUAAACUGGAUCACACAUGGAAUAGGAGAUUAAUAGUCGAUCCCUAUGUAGUUGGAAUAGAUAAUCGUGUGGAAGGCCUAAACAUGUGGUUAGAAGAUGGAUCAAGUGAUGUUGGAGUAGCUGUUGUCUAUGGGAUGGGUGGAAUUGGCAAGACCACCAUUGCCAAGAUUGCUUAUAACAGGAAUUUCUAUAAAUUUCAAGGUGGCAGCUUUCUUGCAGAUAUUAGAGCAACUUCAGAACUUCCCAAUGGUGAGGUUCACUUGCAAAGGAAGCUUCUUUCAGAUCUCCAAAAGGGGAAAGCAAAGAAAAUAUACAGCUUGGAUGAAGGAAUAACAAAGAUCAAACGGGCGAUACGUUGCAAAAGAGUUCUUGUUGCUCUUGAUGAUAUUGACAACUUGGAACAAUUCAAUGCAAUUCUUGGGAUGCGAGAAUGGCUUCAUCCAGGAAGUAAAAUAAUCAUAACAACUAGACAUGAACAUUUGUUAAAGGCUCAUGAGAAUUGUGCAAUGUUUAAGGUGGAAGGGCUGCAUGAGCAUGAAUCACUUGAGCUUUUCAGUUGGCAUGCCUUUAGACAACCCCAUCCUAGCGAAGGUUACAUGGAUCUGUCAAGACCUGUAGUGCAACAUUGUGGAGGGGUUCCAUUAGCUCUUAAAGUUCUAGGAUCUUCUCUCUUUGGAAAAGCUGCAGAUGUAUGGAAAAAUGCAUUACAGAACUUGGAUGUGAUUACUGAAGGAAAAAUUCAAAAGAUUCUCAGAAUAAGCUUUGAUUCUUUGCAAGAUCAUGUCAAACGUCUGUUCCUCCAUAUAGCCUGUUUCUUCAUAGGAAAACACAAGGAUUUUUCAACUACAGUCCUUGAUGAAUGUGAGUUUGCCACAAACAUUGGAAUUCAAAAUCUGGGUACAGAAACUAUUAAGGGCCUCAUGCUCAACAUUAUAAAAGAUGAGUCUUCUAAGAUAAUAUCGAGCGGAAGUAACAGAAAAAGAUUCCACGUUGAAGAUUAUGAUGGAAACUGUUCAAGCAGCCGACGUCGGCUUGGUUUCUUCUCCUGGCUGUCAAUUAGUUUUUCUUCAACAAACUCAUUUCCUGUAUCAAAUGAGAUACGUUUCAAAACAGAGGCAUUUAGAAGGAUGCAGAAUCUUGAACUCCUGCUGCUUGAUAAUGUAAAAAUCAGUGGAGGCUAUGAAGAUUUCCCAAAAAAUUUAAUAUGGUUGUCUUGGCGAGGAUGCGCUUUAAAGUCAAUACCAACCAAUUUUUACUUGGAAAAUCUAAUUGCUCUAGACUUGCGGAACAGCAGCCUCCAAGAUGUUUGGAAGGGAACUAAGAGAUUAAUUCUUAAAGAUUGCAUAAAUUUGAAAGAGGUGGAUGAAUCCAUUGGAGAUUUGGAGAAACUUGUUUUCUUGAAUCUAAAAGAUUGCAAAAAUCUCAUAAAGCUUCCAAUACUGCCAUCUCUCCAGGUACUUAUUCUCUCUGGUUGCUCAAAUCUUGUGCUGCCUGCCAGUAAGAUCGUUGAAAAUCAGUCAGACUCUACACCUAGUGACAUGAAGAAACUCAGUCUGUUAUCUGCAGUUAAAUUGUGGCAAUCAUUCCGAUCAUGGGUAUUGCCAAGAAAAAAUCUCCAACUUAUCGGUGCAAGUUUGCCAGAAUUUUUAAAACGCUUAGAAAUGGCAUACUGCAAUCUGUCAGAAAUUCCCAAUGAUCUCAGUAGCCUAUCCUCAUUGGAGUAUUUGAAUCUACGUGGAAACCCAUUUUUGAGCCUAUCAGUAAACAUGAAUGGUCUUAGUAAGCUCCCACCAAGUGUAGAGACUUUGGGCGCAUUUAAAUGUACUUCAUUGAAAAGAGUACUACUAAACUUGCCCAACAUGUUAUCAAAAAUUAGAGAAGCGGUUUUGGAAUGCGAGAAUUUGGUUGAAAUUCAAAACGUGUUCAAAAUAAGACCGUUGAGAAGCGUCGACAUAGAAAUGAUCAAAGAUAUCGGUCUGUUCAAUUUGGAAUCCAUAGGAAGCACUGAAGUUGAAAUGUUCAACUACUUGACACAUACAGCAAGGAAGGGUCCUCUCCAGCAUAUUCCUUCCUGGGAGCCAGGUUCCAGAUUGGUUCUGCUACAAGUCGAGCAUGGGUAA